AUGGAGGAGGCGGUGCGGAGGCGCUGGGGGUGGGACGAGUGGUUGACGUGGGCCGUGGGUGAUGGCGGGAGCGGCACCUGUGAAGGCGAGUUGGCGGCGGGCGGGGGCCGGCGCGCGGGGCCGCUGCGGUCGCGGCGCGCGCUGCUCCAGAGCGGCGGCGGCAGCGGCGGCUCCGGGGACGACUCGCUGCUCUCCGCGCCGCACGGCGCCUCGCACCCCCUGCGCAACCAAUCCGCGCUUCAAGAGCUUCAAGCGGACGCCUUCGGGUGCAGUGGGGGGGAAGGGAUCGAAGCCAAGGCGGUAUCCAAAGGGGGAUUAGGAAGAAUUGUUUAUCAUAAAGAAUGGGCUAAAAUCAAAUGCGCUGCCCCAGCUGAGGCUGGUGAUCUAGAAAAUCCUGAGUGUGGGGAUCUACAACACGACGGUAGUGACGGCGUUGUUGUGCCCGAUGUUGGUGGAGUUGUCUGUUGCAAUGAAGCUAAUGGGGUUCCGGAAGACUCUAGAGAGGAUAAUCCUGAUUCGAAUGGCAACAUCGGCCCUCUUCCCGACAUAUCGCCUGCAGGAAUUACAGGUGGUCGUGUUGUCGAGUCCAAUGCCGGUAGCGUGAAUGGCGUUCCAUAUGCCCCUGUUGAUGAUAAAUCCGAUAUGGAUGGCAACAUCAGUCCUUCAAUGGCCGAAAACCAGGGUGUUUCUGGUGAUGUCGGCCUUUCUAAGUGCGGUGUUCUUGUUGUUGGUGAUCGGAAUUGCUGUGCUAUUGGUGACGACGUUAUAGGUCCUCGAGGCAACCUCGAUGCGGGUGAUAAAGGUCUGCCUGGUGAUGCCCUCAAUGGUGAGACCCUGCAUCAUUACCCUGCACCCCCAUCCCCCCAGUGGGUGCUGGAGCCUUCCACGAGAGCAGUAGCAGAUCCAGAGGCUAAUGGUGGGGAUGGGGGCUUUGAGGCAGUCAAAAAGCAGCUGUGA